AUGAAAAGUAAAGAUAAAGAAUCUUCAAAAAAAAAAACAUGGACGGAUGAAAAGAAAGAACCAAAUAGCAACAAUAAAAAUAAAGAAAACAAGAAUGGGAAAAAUAUAAAUACUUCAUCUAAAAAGGAUAAUGACCAAAUAAAUAAAAAUAUAAAAGAAGAACGAUCUAAAGGACAAAUAAAGAAUGAAAGAAAUAAUAAAAUAGAAGAAAUUAAAAAUGCCUAUAAAAUGAAAGAAAAUAAUGAUUAUAAAGAGACCAUAAAUAAUAAAAUAAAUAAAGAUAAUGAACAUAAUAUUCAUAAUAAGGAAAUUAAUGCCAAUAAAGAUAUUAAUUAUUUAAUGGAAGAUUCGAGUGUACAUGAGAAAAAAAGGAUUUUUUUUGAAGUGUAUAAAAAAUAUUAUUUUAUUGAAAUGACAGAAUAUCAUAAAAGUAGAGAAAAUUCAACAAAUAAUUUCUUGAAUUUCCUUGAAAGAUUAACUGAAAAAAUAACAGAUGAAUUAAAAUAUGGAACAUAUAAUAUUACUAACUUGAAUAAAUUCUUCAAAGAAUUUUUAAAAAAUGAUACAACUUAUUUUAAGAACCUACAAUUUGGUAAUACUAGAAUGAAUAAUCUAACUCAAAGUUUUCUAAAUAUAACAAAUGAUGAGUAUUUUACAAAUAAUCACUUAUUAGAAAGUUAUCGAAAGAGGGAAUCUAAUUUGAGUGAUAAGUCUGACAAGCCUAACACAAAUGAACAAAAUGAUGAUUUAAAAGGAGAUAAUAAUAACAGCAAGGAAAAGGAUCAAAGGGAUGAUAAUAAUAAUAAUAAUAAUAAUAAAAAUAAAAAAAAUAAAACUAACAAAAAGGAAAAAAAUAAUAAUAUUAAUAAUAAUGAUAAUAGUAAUAAUAGUAGUAUUAAUAAUAGUAGUAUUAAUUAUAGUAGUAGUAAUAUACAAGACAGCAAUGUUAAUAAUAAAGGCAAAAAUGUUGAAAACCCAUUUGAUGAAAAAGAUAUUCAUUUUUUAAGUAGAAAUAAUUCUAAAGGAUCAAGUAAUAAAAUUAACGAAAUUGUUGAUAAUAUUAUAGAUGUAAAUUCUGAUGAAUGUAAUUUAAGUCAUGAAAUGAUUGAUGAGUGGGUUAAAUAUGGACUUAUGAAUUAUCUUAAAGUUAUGAAUAAUAUGAAAAUAAAUUGUGAUUUAAUAGACAGUAAAAUUUAUCAAAAGAAAAUUGUACAAUUAAGAGAUAUUUAUGCAAAAGAACAAGAAAAUGUUAUUGAAGGAUUAAAAAGAAAAAAAAAUGAUUUUUUAAAACAAUUAGAUAUUUGUAAAUUGAAUUGGAAAGCAUUUGAAAAUAGUUAUUCUAAUUCUGAACAAAUUCGAUCUGAUGGUAUAAGAGAUUCUAAAAGAAUUAAAUGUUCUUGGUUAUGUCAAAGAAAAUAUCUAAAAAAUGUAAAAGAUUUAUUAAAAAUACAAUAUGAAUAUUUAGAUAUUGUUUAUGUAAGUGUUAAAAGUUUUUUCCAAUUAGUAGAAUGGAAAAAAAAUUCUAUACGAGAUAUUCUAUGUUCUUAUAUUCAUUUAUAUAAAAGUGUUUUAAAUUUCUAUUUAAAUAAUAUGAAUAUUUUAUAUCAAUCAAUAUUAGAAGAAAAAAUUAUUGAUAAAAAUCAAAUAGAUAAUCUAAAUUCUGCUGCUGUUAUGGAUGAUGAUUUAAUUAAACCAGAUCGACCAUUCCAUUUUGAUGAAAAUUGUAAAAAUAUACCAACAUUAAAUAAUGCAUUAAAGGUUAUUAAGAAAUCAAUAUUGUUUUAUAAUAAAGAAAUUAAUGUAAAAUCAAUACUUUGUAUAUUUACAUCAAAAAUUUCAGGAUACUUAACUAGUGUAGGUUUCUUCAAUAAAUGUUCUGAAGGAAUUAUUGUAAUUACAUGGGAUAAAUUCGUUCAUUUUUUUACGGAUAUAGAAGAUGCUUCACCUCAGUGGUCCUAUUUCAUUGGUGAUAUUGAAAUUAAAAUGGUAAAAUGUAAAAAAAAUAUCCAGAAAAAUUCAAACGAUAAUAAUUCAAAUAAUAAGAAAGAAGAACAAAAUAUUGGUGAACCAUUGGACGAUAAAAAUAAAGAAAAGUCUGCAGAACUAACCAAUGAUAAUAUUAAUAAAAAAAGUGAAACAAAUAUUAAAGAUCAAGAUAAUGAUGGAAAAAAUAAAACAAUUGCAAAUGACAAAUCAAAUAAACUUACAAUUGAUAAUUCUUCAAAUAACGAACCAGAAGAAAUGGAAAUUCAAAUGAAAGAAAAAAAAAAAACAUUACUUCUAAGUGGAUGGUCCUUUACAUUUAAAUGUGAAACACAACAUCUAACCAAUGUAUGUUUUCAAUUGAUAAAUGAACAUCUAUAUUCUGAAUAUUUUGAAGAGGAAACUUGCUUUUCCAAAUUUCCAAAAAUUAUAGAAAAUGGUGAAAUUAAAAAUGACUUACAAUAUAAUGAAGAAAUGAAUAACUUUUAUAAAAUUCAAGAUGAUGAACAUAUCUUAAAUCAAAAUUUUAAUUCAUAUAAUAUCAAACAGUUAAAGAAACACCAGGAUAAGUAUUCUAAUAUACACAAUGAAAAAAGUAAUCUAUCAAACAGACACCUAAAUAAUUAUUUAAAUAAUGACAAUGUGGAUUUAAAAAAGACACAAAGCAAUUCGAAAAAAACAACAAAUGUUAGUAAUCAUAAUAGGAAAAUUGGACUUUUCAAGAGUUUGAAGAAUUCUAAGCAGGAAGAUAUAAAUGAUGAAGAUGAUGAAGAUGAUGAGGAUGAUGAUGACGAUGAUGACUAUGAUGACGAUGAUGAAGAUGACGAAGAUGAAGACGAUGAUGAUUAA